AUGCCCACCUUUGCGCUCAUAGCCCUUCGAGUUCCAAAGAAGUUCUAUAAAGACGUAGACAAAUCACGGCGGCGUUUCCUCUGGGCAGGAGAUGAGGAGAUGUCUGGUGGAAAGUGCAAAGUGGGCUGGAGCACGGUGACCAUGCCUGAGCAGUAUGGUGGUCUCGGCAUUCAUGAUCUUCCUCGUUUUGCCAGGGCUCUACGUCUGCGCUGGUUAUGGCAAUCCUGGAAGAACCCAAAAAGGCCCUGGGUCGGAACGGGCACGCCCUGCGACGCCUUAGACAGGGCCCUGUUUGCUGCAUCCACUGUGGUGACCAUCGGCGACGGAGCGACGACGUCUUUCUGGUUCUGCUCAUGGCUAGGUGGACGACAACUUUGCCAAGCCUUCCCCACUCUUUUUGCAAGAUCAACCAGGAAGAACCGUUCGGUCAAGGAUGCGCUGCACGACGACAGAUGGAUCCUGGACUUGAGGCGAGGCGACCCAGAUGCCAUUGCACUGCAGGUGGUGCAGCUUGCGAGGGAGAUCAGGCAGGCUGCCCUCACUCUCAUCCCAGGAACCCAAGACUCUAUUACCUGGAAGCUCAGUGCCUCAGGCUGCUACACAACAAGUUUAGCGUACAAUGCCCAAUUCAGCAAUAGACAGAUUACCUCCUUCAAAUCCAUCAUCUGGAAAGUCUGGGCGUCGGGCAAGACCAAGAUGUUCCUUUGGUUGCUGCACCUUGACAGACUAUGGUGCAAUGAUCGUCUGUAA